AUGUUCCUGAGUAACACGCAGCCGAGCGUUCAUCUGACUGGGAAGCUUGCAUCUGGCGAGGAGGCACAGCUUCCUCGCGGAGAAUGUGGCUAUAUCCAGCCAGUGUCUGAGCCGAGCAGUACCUCACGUCAACGCUGCUCAUGUCGAAGCUUCUACCCGGACCCGAUUGUACGUUCUCGCUGCGGCUGCGGACACCAAGCAUGGCACCAUGAGACCCAGCCUCUCUCGGUAGUCUCGGUGGACCAGUUUCUACAGGUUGUGGAGCAGAUGAAGCUGUUGAAGCACGAGGUUCGGCGACAUGAGAGUAUAGAGGAAGAAUUGAGGAGAGAGCUCCUGAGGGAGAGGGCUGUAAGGGAAGAACACUUCCGAACAUACAAGGUGUUGGAAGCACGGCUAUACGAAAACAUGCGUCUGCUCAAGAUGACUAUGGACGAUAGGGUGGAGGCCGUGGUCGACAGGACAUCUUCCUUCAGCAAUCAGAUUCGGGACGUUCAGCAGCGCCUGACGAUGGUGGACGAGAUUACUAUGGAUCUUGAGAACCGAGUCGACAAAGUUGAGCACGCCAACGGCCGUUCUAGGGACGACACACCCGUAGAGUCUACGCCCAAGCCACAUCUGUCGACGCCGAAGGCAUCCCCGAUUCCUCAAAUCCCCCUCCUCAUGCAGUCACAACACACGCUUGGUCAGCUUCCAAUCCGUACCGACAAGAAGUAUCCCUUGUCGUGGAACGUCCGCGUCAUAUUUGUGCUCCGGAAGUCACAGAGAUUUGCGUACGACCCUGACAGUGCUGGGUACAGGCGCUGCGCGUCUCGCAAGCUACAACAGAACCUUGAUUUUGUCGGUCAAGAUAGUGCGUAUUUCGCGGCUCGGAUAGAGGAUGUGUUCAGGGGCAUCUUACGCGGCAGACCCUGGAUGCCUCUAGUCGGCCAUCGUCCACCAGACGAACCUUUUGGUCGGAUAGCGCUCACCUUGCUUCCACCAAAUCUCAUUCACCGUGAGCUUUGGGACCAUCCUUUCGUAGAGGAUCACUGUAUUGCUCAUGACAAGAUGCAGGGUGAUGUACUCUACAUCGCUCUGCAGCAUGAAGAUGCUACCUGGAACGAAGUUCGGUUUUUGCCGCCUGUCCUCGGUAUUGAUGAAGCGUGUUGGUCUCACGACGAGGAGCUGGACGGUACAGCCGAGUACAAGAGCCUGGAUACUGAGAUCAUGUACGAUUGCCAGGAUCCUCCUCCUACAUAUUCAUCUCGAACUCACUCGCUGGCGGACAGGGCGCCUUCCAAACUCGACGUACUCGCUGAUUCUGCUGCUAUGCUCGGUCCGAUUGAGCGUGCGCGCACGCAAUCUUCCACCCACCCUAGCAUGUCAAGACCGUCUCUCGAACGCGCCCAGACUGCGUCUUCGUCCCACUCGAAUCACCGCUUCUCAUCUGAACGGAGCAGUCUUCGAAGUUUUGAUUCGGAGAUGGGCGAGGACGAGCAUCGCGACAAGAAGCCAAAACUCAGAUCUAAGGACAGUGCGAUGAACGUAGUUGGCACUGGUCAUGCGCAACAUCCUAUGUAUGUGUCAGGCCGCUCAAAGCGGAAGAUGCCUGUGAAGGAUAAAGGGCAAAAGGAGCCUCUCCACUUCAGUGUUACGAACGUCACCAAAUGGAGACCGAGUCUGCUGCAUCCUCACUCAUCCAAAGGAAAAGAGAUUGCCCACAGCCAGUGA